GUAAUGUCAGUAUUCAAAGAAAACAAACAUCGCAUCGCACACACUAUGAUGUAUGUGAUGCAAAAUAACAGAUACUGCAUCCUUCAUCCGAAACGACAGAUGUGCCAUCAGGACGCAGCGGGAAUGGACAGGAAUUGAAUCAAGCUACGAUCGCUAGAUAAUGAUCCUAGCAUUAAGAAGCUUGACGAUAUCGUCGACAACACUGUCCAACGCUAGCACUAUUGGUGAGCUUUUCAAGACGUCCAAGCCACACAAACUUGAUUCAAUGUACACUCGAUCCAGAUCGGUAGUUGUGCAAGCAAGAGCACUGCGUCACCUGGAGUCCAAUAUUAUCGCCUGGACCUAAAAAAUUUGCAUAGUCAAGAACAUCCAUUCAAACGAUUGCAACCGGGCAGAACGUCAGUUUUCGCCAGAUUUUACACGGGGUGCUUGCAUGAUUUUUCGAUUAUGUCGCUACAACUUCAAGC